ACGGAUAAAUACACAGUUAACUACACUGUUAACUACACUGUUGACUACACUGUUGACUACACUGCUAGCUACACUGUUAACUACACUGUUAGCUACACUGUUAACUACACUGUUAACUACACUGGUAACUGCACUGUUAACUACACUGUUAACUACACUGUUAACUACACGGUUAACUGCACGGUUAGCUACACUGUUAACUACACUGUUAACUACACUGUUAACUACACUGUGAACUAUACUGUUAACUACAUUGUUAACUACACUGUUAACUACACUGUUAACUGUACUGUUAAAUACACUGUUAACUACACUGUUAACUACACUGUUAACUGCACUGUUAAAUACACUGUUAACUGCACUGAGAAUGACGAGAAGUUGUUGCAAGUGCUCCAGACCGCACGCGAAAGGGCUGUGCGUGUGUUCAAAGCGCAUCUGCGCAACACUGACCGCGAAGUGCGAAGCCACGACACAAUGCAACAGCUCAAGACAGAAGCCGCACACAUGGCCGACAACAAG